AUGAAGUCCGUUAAAUCGAAACAGAGAUUAAACGAGAUGCGAACGCCGGCGCGUAGUAAACAAAAUCUCGCUCAGGACCGCGAUCCUGUACAAGUCUACUGUAGACUUCGCCCCAUGCAAAGAGAAAGUGAUGUGUCGUGUAUGAAGAUUAUAUCACCAACCACAUUACUCCUAACGCCGCCAGCAACGGCGUUAAGCUACAGAAAUGAAGGCAGCAAAACCAUGAAAUACACAUUCAAAGAGAUUUUCCCGCCGGAAGCGUCACAGCAAGAAGUUUUCGAUAAAGUCUCACUGCCGUUAGUCGAAGGCUUGAUUAAAGGUAAAAACGGCUUGUUAUUCACCUACGGGGUCACUGGCAGCGGGAAAACGUUCACGAUGACCGGCGAGCCCCAGAACUGCGGGAUAUUACCACGAUGUUUGAAUAUUAUUUUCAAAACGAUCAACGAUUUCCAAGCUCACAAAUAUGUGUUCAAACCGGACAAAAUGAACAUGUUCGAUAUUCAAAACGAAGCGGAGGCCAUGCUAGAGAGGCAACAGGAACUUCACAAAUUCAAAACUGGGAAGAAAAAUAAUUCGAACCCGGAUUUAGCUAUGGCAUCCACGGAUAUAACGAAAGUCGAAGGUAUCAAUGAAGACAAUCAGUAUGCUGUGUUCGUUACAUACGUAGAAAUCUACAAUAACAGUGUUUUUGACUUGUUAGAAGAUGGUCCUCCGAUCAGCAGGAACCUUCCAGUGAAGAUAAUAAGAGAAGAUGCAGCCCAUAAUAUGUACGUCCACGGGGUUACUGAAAUCGAGAUUAAGUCAGCUGAGGAUGCCUUUGAUGCUUUCUAUCUAGGUUUGAAACGGAAACGAAUGGCUCACACGACUCUGAACGCAGAAUCAAGCCGAAGUCACUCAGUGUUCACGAUACGAUUAGUGCAGGCACCAGUUGACGAGAUGGGAGAAGCUGUGAUACAAAAUAAAAAGUUCUUGAAUAUUAGUCAACUGAGUCUUGUUGAUUUAGCUGGUAGUGAAAGAACUAACCGAACCAAAAACACAGGACAAAGACUAAGAGAAGCCGGGAAUAUUAACAAGUCAUUGAUGACUCUUAGAACAUGCUUAGAAGCGUUGAGAGAAAAUCAAAUUAACGGUGCCAAUAACAUGGUGCCCUAUAGAGAGUCUAAAAUUACUCAUCUCUUCAAAAAUUUCUUUGAAGGUGAAGGUCAAGUAAGGAUGAUAGUCUGUGCAAAUCCAAGAGCUGAAGAUUAUGAUGAAACCCUUCAAGUGAUGAGAUUUGCUGAGAUGGCAGCAGAAGUUGAAGUUGCUAAACCCCAGGUCAUAGAUGUAGCUACAACAAUAGGUUUGAUGUCUGGCCGCAGAAAGGCUAAUAGACUCUUCACAACAGCUCGUGACAAUAUGGCGAGACCGGAGGCUAAAGAUUUGGACUUAGAUCUAGGUUUGGUAUACAGCCUUGGGCCAGACUUCCCAAGCUUGGAACUGAAUAGCUCUCAAGCUGCCCAUAUAAUUAAGGAACUGAUGGCACAUUUAGAAAUGAGAAUCAGUCGUAGAGAAACACUUAAAAGAAGUAAGGCAGUGAAGGAUGAAAGGCUGAGGUCGGCCCUGUUGGAUCUUGAAAAAGAAUCAUUAGAAGUGAGAAGUGAAAACUCAUCAUUAAGGGGACAGCUGGCAGCCUCUGAACGCAGGAUCCGAGCUUUAGAAGAACGCUUGACAGCCACAGAAAAUGCGUCUCUCACUCACCAAAGAAAAUUGGCAGAAAUGACUGAAUACACGUCAUCUUUAAAAAGAGAUCUUCAGGAAAAAGAAUAUUUGCUCAACCAGAAUAAGUUUGAGAAAGAAAAGCAGAAAAAGAUCCUUGAAAGAAAAUACAACCACAAGAUUGCCGCUGAACAGGAGAAGGCCAAAGAAAUAAACACAGAAAAGGAAAGAUUAAGAAAUGCAGUAGAGGAAAAAGAAAACUGUUUACGUAAAGUCAAAGAAGCGUUAAAUGUUGAUAUGGCUGACAGAGGAGACAACUUUGAUUAUCCGCGCUCCACAACUGAAAUCGGUGCUCAGACCAGUCAUUUUACACCGGGCUCCACACCGAGAGCUCUACCCGCACACCUCUUGACCCCAUUCAGUUCAGCUCCACAAUCACGCGACACACCAACAUCCAGAAGAGGGGUCGCUGUAGCGAAUCCACGCCAUAGACGGUCAUUGUCAGCUGAUGGUCGAGGCUGGGUGGAACACGCACCUAACAAGCUAGUCCCAAUGGGCACAGUCAUGAAGCCAAGCAUGACGAAUAGCAAAAUCGUUAAUAAACUGACAACAGUCAAAGACAUUGCCAAUUCGAAAACGUCAAAAUACUGUCUUAUAUCGCAAGAGCAAGAUACUGAUGGUGAAUUGGAGACGAAACUGUACAAAGGUGAUGUUGUACCCACCUGCGGGGGAGGAGCUCAAGUUAUAUUUAAUGAUGUUGAAAUGCUAAAACAGUUUUCUCCGACAAGGGAAUCGCAGAGAUUGUCCAGCAAUAGCUGUGCUAGACAUUCCGGCAAGAGGAGAGACACCGCAUCUUCACCACCACAAACACCAUCAAACACCAGUAAGAAGCAGAGAGUUGAUGACGAAUGAUCUUGGACGUGAUCAGGUAAAGUGAAAUAAGUGGAAGAAUAUAAAUAUGUUUUUGUGGUGCAUAAAACUUGUUGGAUUUCUUAAUAUAAUUAUUAAAUUGAGGUUUGGUAGGAAUUUUCAUUCAAAAUCAUUGAAUAUGUAAAAAAGUUAAACUACCUACAUUCCUGAUUAUUAUCAUGAUUGUAAUUCUAGUAGAAUCUAGAACUUGUGACUUUCAAAUGAUCUUUUUUAUGCUUUCUAUUUUCAACUGACUCAAAAGUGGCCAGUGACAGAUUAAGUGAAUUUUUUUCUUUUCCAAGACAUUCUCAAUGUUAUUUUUGAACAUAUACUUAAAAUACAUUCUGUGAUUGUAUAUUUGCUCAUAAAAUGUACCAUUAUAUUGUAAUACUUACUAACAUAAUUAUUUGAUAGCUUAUGACAUUCCUUGAUGUUAGGGUUUUAGUAACAUUAUGGCUGUUUACCAUCGUGUUGGCACUGAUGGUAGGUCUUUCACUUAAUCCCAGGAUUCUGAACCAAGACAGAUCGAGAUGUCACUAAGACAUAUUUUGCCAAUAGAAAUUUGAAUAUUAUUACAAAAUCAUUAACCUUACUUAAAACUUUAUUUGCUAUACAAAUGGUAAACACUGAAAUAUAAAUAAUUAUG